AUGAGAAAUCUCACUUUUCAUGUUUCUAACAGAUUAGCUUCAAGAAAUGUUGGCAUUAAUAAUCCAUUUGUUACUAUGGCCAAAAGAUUUUACUGCGUGGAAUCUGAAAAAGUGCCUAAAGGCUUCAUGGAUUUUUUAAAGUGGAAAUUCAGAAAUUACGAAACUGUUCCUUACACUAAACGAUCACGUUCUCUUUAUCUAUCCAUGGCUUCAGAGAGAAAAAUCGGUGAGACGCAGUUUGAAGAAUUCAAACAAAGUUUCCAAGGAAAAGCAUUGUUUCCUCCUUCACAUCCUCAUACUGUUCUGGCUACAAAGAUUCUCAAUAAUAUUCUUGAUGCAUUGCAGACAGAGAGGAGCAAAAUGAAGUCUGCUUCUGACUAUAGCUUCUUGCAGCUUGUUUGGUUGCAUCUAAUUCGAAGGUCACCGCCUUCUAUGUCCCAUUUGGAUGGAUUAAAUUGGGAGAUUUUGGUUGUCAAUGCUUCUGAGUUAACUUGCCAAUGUUAUCCUAGUGGGAAGAUGAUUCUAUCCAAGGCUGUCAUUCACCAAUUUUCAACUGAUGCUGAGAUAGCAACUCUUAUUGCACACGAGGUAUAG